CUUCGAUCGGGAAAUAAUCAUGACACCUCUGGUUUUAUUGGCAGUGCUGGGAGUGUGUUCGGCUGGUCCCUUCACGGGAUACACCCCCGAAGUGCAGGCUGAGAGAGCACGCUUCUUCCAAAGCUUCAGUGCUGCUCAGGCUGCCGCCGUUCCCCAGCAGGCCGUGUACCACCAUGCUGCCGCCGCCCCUCAGCACGGCUUCCACCACGCCGCCCUCGUCCAGCCCAAGUGGACCGGACCCGUGGCUGCCACCGUGCCCGCCGGCGUGGACGGCACCAUCACGCCCGUGUCCGACACCCAGGAGGUGGCUGCCGCCCGCAACGCCUUCAGCAGCGCCUACCAGGCCCAGCUGAGGGCCACAGUGGGUGCCGUUCCUGCCGCCCACCAUCACGCCCCCACCUACCAUCACGCCCCCACCUACCAUCACGCCCCAGCCGCCCCUCACCACGGCUUCCACCACGCCGCCCCCGUGCAGCCCAAGUGGACCGGCCCCGUGGCAGCCACCGUGCCCGCCGGACUCCCAGGCUCCGCCCCGCAGGUCGCUGACACUCCCGAAGUCGCAGCCGCCAAGCAGCAGUUCUUCAGCACGUACAACAGGCAGGCGGCAGCUGCGGCGCCCCCGUCGAGGCAUUACUACUAGACCCAACUGCCAUAAUGUAUAUACGAAGCAAAAUCGAUUUAAAAGGAAAUAAAGUUAUAUUUCUA